AGUCUGUCUGUCUGAGACCCUGCGGCGGAACAAGUCGCCGCCGUGAAUCAUUGCUGUGGCUCUAUACGAGUCAGACGUCAUCUCACUACUCGGUUACUUGUCGGUUGCAAAACUGCAGCCAAUGAGAGGAGGCCUUACGCAGGCACACGCACGCUUCACGCGCGUCCUCGGUCUCGUGCUGUAUGUAGAGGACCGGUGUUGGGGAGGUGGGCUGACCUGUGGGCUCCUCUGUCGGACUUCAUCACACACAUCAACUUCUUCGAGUAAGAAUGUCGCGUGGUGGUGCACAAAAGCAGAGCAGUCCUCUGACGUUGGUGCUGAUGGUUGCUUCUGCAGCCAUCGGAGGAACUCUUCAGUAUGGGUAUAACCUCGCCAUCAUGAACUCUCCCACAGUUUUCAUUCAAACUUUCAUCAAUGAGACGUUCCUGGAGCGCUGGGACAUCCAGCUGGAGGAUUACCAGGUGACUCUGGUCUGGACAAUCAUUGUCUCCAUCUUCUCGUUGGGGGGCUUAGUAGGGGCCAUUAUCGCAGGACCUAUGACCAUACGCUUCGGGAGAAAGAAGUGCUUGUUGUUGAACAACAUUUUCCUCAUGUCCGGUGCACUCUUAGCUCUGACAAGUAGAGCUGCCAAGUCUUUUGAGAUGAUCAUUAUCUCACGUGUGCUGAUUGGAAUAAAUUCCGGGAUCAGCAUGAAUGUGCAGCCAAUGUAUUUUGGAGAAAGUGCACCGAAGCACUUAAGAGGGGCGAUCUCCUUGUCAUCAGCUGUUUUCACAUCAUUUGGUGUCGUGUUAGGACAGGUGGUUGGACUAAGAGAGAUUUUGGGCAGCGAGCCGUGUUGGCACUAUCUUCUUGCCAGUAAUGCCAUUCCUGGCUUCAUUCAGCUCCUCACCCUGCCAUGGUUCCCAGAGAGCCCCAGAUACCUGCUCAUCGACCGUGGGGACAAGGAGGCUUGUAUUAAAUCUCUGAGGCGGCUGCGGGGCUGUGAGGUCCAGAGCAGCGAGCUGGAUGAGAUCCUGCAGGAACAGGCUGAUACUAAAGGCAUGAGGCCUCGUCAACCCUGGGAGCUGUUCGCUGACCGCUCGGUGCGCUGGCAGCUCAUCACCGUCAUGAUCAUCAGCAGUGCAAUGCAGCUCUGUGGGAACGACUCGAUUUACUUCUACGCAUCGUAUGUUUUCAAAGAGGCUGGAAUAUCCGAUGACCAGAUCCAGUAUAUUACAAUUGGCACUGGUACAUGUGAGUUCACAGCAUGUAUUAUGUGUAACCUGCUGAUAGAACGUAAAGGCCGAAGGUUCAUGCUGAUGGGAGGAUUCAUCCUCAUGACUGUCUGGGCUGUCGUCUUUACAAUUGCUCUGUCGUUUGAGCACUAUGUAUCCUGGAUGCCGUACCUGAGCAUGGCCUGCAUCUUCACCUACAUUCUCAGCUUUGGCAUGGGACCAGCUGGAGUGACCGGCGUUCUGCCCACAGAGAUCUUCAAUCAGACCGCUCGGCCGGCGGCCUACAUGAUCGCCGGCUCCAUGAUGUGGAUCAACCUCUUCAUCAUUGGAAUGAUCUUUCCAUUUCUAGUGAGCGAGUUGAGCGAGUACUGCUUCGUGCCUUUCGGAGCAGUUUGCCUGUUGUCGGCUCUGUAUGUCGGCUUGUUUCUGCCUGAGACCAAGGGGAAGUCUCUGUCAGCCAUCACAAGUGAAUUCCACAAGCUCAACUUCAAAGGCGAGGACAAAAGGAAGGAAUCUCAGACACAAGCUCAGUAUCAGCUGGGUGAGGUGUGUCUCUCCACGGCCUUAUAGACAGACUUUUGUCACAUCUGCUGUCACCCUCACUUUAACCUGAUCUGCCUGAGCUGGAAGAAGUUGUGCGCAGUCCAACAGGAACGAGAGGAGACACAGGACGAAACAACAGUUGUUUGGAAUGAUUUUUUUAAUUACAGGAGGGUGAGCCUGAACACUUGUUGUCACCUUUGCUGGAAAAAAAUCCUGUGAGAACACAUUAAAGUAUAAAUGUUUUUCGGUGACACAUUACAAUACAGAUUGUGAUUUAUGGUAUAAUUUGUGGACAUUUUAAGAUUUGUAAAUGUGUAAUUCCACUGAAUAUACAGCAUUAUGUUGCUGUAUGAAUCAAUACAUAUAAAAUACUUUUAUCAAUUCCAACUGGUACUUAAAUGUAGGUACAGUGGAACAAGUGAGUAACAUUUGGGAAUUUUACAGGAAGUAAUAUAUGAAUUAUACUUUAAGUACUGGUCAAUGUAAAUUACACAGUUAAUUUCUGGAAAUAGGCUGUGUUAUUAAGUUCUAAUGUUUCUUGUUCAAUGGGACAAAGGACACAGUUGUCUGCCAUGUCACCAGAGGAGUCAAUACUGACUGUAACAAACUAUCAGAGGUUUGAGAGGUUUUUAUGUUUUUACUGCAGUAAAAAGUCUUCUAUACAAGCUUUCGCUUAAGGGAAACAACAAACUGUACUCAAAGUAUUAAAGUUAAAGUACUUGUUAGGCAGAAUGGUCCGUUUCAGAGACUUAUAUUAUUAUAAAUAUCCUGUUAUUGAAAUAUGCUGGUGUUUAACGCAUGAUCAUUUUAAUGUAACAGCUAUAUGAGGUGGAGCACAAUUUAAUGUCAUAGUUCAGUAUCAUUUUAAAAAAUGAUUAUAUGUUUUUUUUGCAAAUUCUUUAUCUGUAAAGUAUAGAAAUAGUAGCUGAAUGUAUCUGAGUAAAUUGUAAAAUAUUUUCAUGCUGUACAUAUUUGAAAUGUAGUGAAGCGUAAAAUACUGAGGAAUGAUAAAAGAACCUCAAGUGCAGUACUUGAGUAAAUGUAUUUAGUUAUUUUACGCCACUUUAAACAAUGCCCUCAGUGUUGCACCAUAAAGAAUGUAUUUAGAUAGAAAAACAGAGAUUAUUUGCACCAUAUUAAAUAUAAACUGAAUGCAUCAGAGUGCACAUGAAACUGAAAUCGACUGUUUCUACAUGAGUUGAAUAUGUAAAAAUGUUUCUGUUGAAUAUUGCUGUCACUCUUUUCUGUUUUAAUGAUCAGACUCUUAGCCAAUAAAAACAAUAUAAUAUCAACAUAGCUUUUCAUAGUUAAAUGUGCAGCAAGCAACUGUAGUCCCGUUACCCGGUGGUUAGAUACCGACACUCUCGGACUAAACCACCCGUCUUUCUCCUGCUCCCGCUGCUGCUCCUUUAACUUUCAAUGACAUCAUUACAAAAGGUGCCUUUUAAACAUGAUGCAGUAAUAAAAGUCAUGUCAAAUAAAUGUUUUCUAGUGUCCAAAGAAGAAGUGGAAAGUUGUUAUUUUGUUUAGCCACUGUUGGUUUGGUGACCAUCACACACACUCACUCUCACUAACAUUAAUCUUAAAUCUAUCUACUGUAUCACUCAUAUAUUGGAGUUUAGGCAGGCUGAUACCUGUUAUCACCUGGUUGUUGGUAUUAUAGUUUUUCUGUAUGCCCUAAAAUGUGUUUUAUGUGAGCUGUUCACCUGUCAUUUCUUUGUCCACUGUUGGUCCAGCUUUGUAAAAUAAAGAUAC